AUGCAAACUUUUAAGGACUUGUUGCCCUUUUACAACAAUCUGGAUUUCGAGCCUUUUCUUGAAGCCUUGGAGUCAAUCCGACAUUCCUACACGGGGCUGAGAAUAGAUAUUUUGAAAGAUGCGGUACCUCUGCCAGGAGUCUCAAUGAAAUAUCUCCUUCGUGGUACGCUUAACAAGAGACUCUCCGGAGUUGUACUCUCCAGAGGAGAAGGGCUACGAAAUUUUCAAAGGCGCAGUUGUCAGAGGGCCGAGCCUGGUGUUAUGUCGAAAACGAGAAUCCGUACGCACAAGUUCCAAGACGCGAAGAUGUGUCCAAGAGUUCUGGCCUACGACGCCAACCCGCUGUAUCCAAGCACAAUGGAGGUCGUUGCAUAAUAGGCGCAAACGCCAAGGAACGUCGAAAAGUUUAUUGAAGUUCUGCAGAGAGACAGAUGGUUUGAAUUCGCC